CUCGAGCUUUCGGUGGAUAAGGAAGUUCGCUUUCGGAACGGAAGGUCGGACGAUCGUUUGGCUUACCAUUCUGACUUGUAAAACCUCAAAACAUUUUCCUCAAGACGAAAACAUCAAUAGCACGGUGUAGAUCCACAGAAAUGAAGCGUCUGCAGAGCUCUCCUGCCAACUGAGGAGGAGGCGGGGCAUCCCAUCGAGAAAUCACGCGCUAUGGACAACAGCACGGACGUGCUGUACCAGUACCGUCUCGCCCCAUCCGCCAGCCCGGAAAUGGAUCUCGGGGAUCCGCGCCCCGUGGGCGGACCCCACCUGCCGGCCAACGAGUCCCAGCUGGAGCUGCCCGACUACGGGAACGAGAGCCUGGACUACUCCAACUACCAGCAGAUGGCUGGCGAGCCUUGUCGCAUGGAGGACAACAACGUCAGCUACUGGAACCUCACCUGCGACUCCCCCCUGGACUACGCCAUUCCGCUCUACGGGUACUGCAUGCCCUUCCUGCUGAUCACCACCAUCAUCUCCAACUCCCUGAUCGUCCUCGUCCUGAGCAAGAAGAGCAUGGCCACGCCCACCAACUUUGUUCUGAUGGGGAUGGCUAUAUGCGACAUGCUGACUGUCAUAUUUCCGGCACCCGGCCUCUGGUAUAUGUACACAUUCGGCAAUCAUUAUAAGCCGCUCCAUCCGGUCUCCAUGUGUCUGGCCUAUAGCAUUUUCAAUGAGAUCAUGCCUGCCAUGUGCCACACCAUCUCCGUCUGGCUAACCCUGGCCCUCGCCGUGCAAAGGUACAUCUACGUGUGCCACGCGCCCAUGGCCCGCACUUGGUGCACGAUGCCGCGGGUGAGGCGGUGCACGGCUUACAUCGCGCUGCUGGCCAUCCUGCACCAGCUGCCGCGGUUCUUCGACCGCACCUACCUGCCGCUGGAGAUCGAGUGGAACGGGAGGCCCACCCAGGUGUGCCACCUGGAGACGGCGUUGUGGGUGCACGAGUACAUCGGGGUGAACCUGUACUACACCAGCUACUACCUGUUCCGGGUGCUGUUCGUGCACCUCCUGCCCUGCAUCAUCCUGGUGACGCUGAACAUCCUGCUCUUCGCGGCGAUGCGGCAGGCGCAGGAGCGGCGCAAGCUGCUCUUCCGGGAGAACCGGAAGAAGGAGUGUAAGAAGCUGCGGGAGACCAACUGCACCACCCUGAUGCUGAUCGUGGUCGUCUCCGUGUUCCUGCUGGCCGAGAUCCCCAUCGCCGUGGUCACCGUGAUGCACAUCGUGAGCUCCCUGAUCAUCGAGUUCCUGGACUACGGCCUGGCCAACAUCUGCAUCAUGCUGACCAACUUCUUCCUGGUGUUCAGCUACCCCAUCAACUUCGGCAUCUACUGCGGCAUGUCGCGCCAAUUCCGGGAGACCUUCAAAGAGAUAUUCCUGGGGCGGCUCAUGACCAAGAAGGACACCUCCACGAAGUACUCGAUCGUCAACGGGGCCCGCACCUGCACCAACGAGACGGUCCUCUAGUAAUUGGUGAUGUUGGUGCCGCGGCGGGGCAGCAGCGACCACCGUCGCUCGUCCAGCACCACCACCAGGACGACCACCACCACCACCCUCGGGGGCGGUACGGUGGUCAUCAUCGGUGGCGAGCCGGCUCCGCAGCACCAGCAUCUGGUAACGCACCACCUGCAGACCCAUCCCCAGCCCCACCAGCAGCGCCGGGUCAGCACCAUGGACAUCAUCAGCGAGGAGCGCAAUGUCUAGACUGGGAACUGACUGGACUCGGCCGCCAGAGAUCCGCAGUUCGGCCCAUCAGUUUCCUCCUGGAGGGCGACAUUUAUAUUUAACCCCCUGUAAGGCCAUUAGGUAUGUCCUGACAUCGUGAAUGGUCUCAGCUCCCUAAAUUUGUCCCAACUCCUAAGGUUUCGGUUAGCUAGAGUUUUAAACAAAGAAUUUCAUUGCAAUUUCCUUAGCAUAACAUCAACUUAAUCAGCGCACCCAAGCCCCACACACACAAGUAUAACUCUAAACAGAGCUGAAAAGUAAGGUUUCAGGAGUCGAAUACGUACCAGGAACAUUUUCAGAUUACAAUACCUUUACCCAGUAUCAGAGAAAUCAAUUAAGUCCCCAUAGACAGACUAAACGUGUUUACAGAUACAUAUUUUAGGAAAAGGGAAACGGUUACUCCCCAGUUCGCAAAGAGAAGCCUGAACAAUACCCAUACCGAAUAGUAAAUGUUCUAGUUCCCCUGUUGGUCCACUUGAAAUCUGAGUGUUUUUAAUGUGCGUUGUUGUCAUAUUCACACUAAGUAUAAAGGGUUAGGCUUAUAGAUGUUUUUCUCACGGCUAAGGGUCUGCAGAACGCAGUAGGUCUAAAAUACGCGGGGAACUUUAAGGAAGUGAUAGCUGAAAAUCUGGCGGGGAAAUGCGCAGUUCGCAACAAUAAGAUACACUGGUAGAUAUAAGAAGCGUACUUACGGGAAACCCAAAGGUUACAACAUUCGGAUUUCGAGGCAAAACUGAAUGAGUUCUAGUAAUCAGUAAAUAACGUUCUAUUUUUAGGUAUUUACGAGACUUUGCAGUCAAGGCCUAGGUAGGAAUGUUGUUCUGAGCAACCUUUUGUGUGCCCAUUUGUAAAAUAUUUUUGUAACCUAAUCAAAGUUCUUAGGUGUAGGGUGCUGUAGGGUUGGAAAAUCUAAAAAUUUAAAUUCGUAAACCUUUUGAGCCCCAGAGUUUACUUAUUUAAAUGAAACACACAUAGCACAACAAGUCAGUCGUAACGAAUUUCAACUCGAUGUUGUAGGCUACGCAUACAUUUUUUUUCUAGUGUAAGAACCAAAAAAGCCAGUGUAUUGAGGUGUUGAUGUGUGUACAAGCGGUUUACAAUUACACGACAGUUUCUAGUUUAAGUGUUUAAGCCACCACUAAGCCCAAUACCACAACUCAAGCUGCAACCACACAUCUGUAGGCUGCAGGCAUAACUAUAUCUGAAAGUUGUCUGUCUGAAUGGAAUGUGUUAACUAUUUAUAUGUACUUGGCGACGACAGCUUCGGUCCGCUUCAUCUGAUUACGAUCUGAUUUUGUACAUACAUUUCGACGGUGCAUCCAAUAAUAUAUAAAUAAACUGAUUAAUGUCA